AUGGGAAUGUCCGACCCAGAUGACUUAUAUCAUCGUGCUCACCUGGAAAUGCCUCCAUUCUCAAAUAUACUCCAACCGUUUCAAGCACUGCUUUCCUCCCACCCAAGAUCAAACUUAUUUAGAGCAUAUCGGUUACAAAAUUUAUCUAUUUGCCUUCUUCACGCAAUGAUUUCCGGCAUAUGGACAACUGUAUUCUUAUUCACUCACCCAAAAGAAAUGUUUGGAGACAUCACUCAUUGGUAUAAGCCAUGGGCCGCACAGCUGCCGCUAAUUUCAAUAGCUUACUUCGUACACGACGCAGUCGACAUGCUGAACCAUGAAUGGUCGCGAUGGACAUUAGAAUUGUUGGUUCAUCACAUAGCAACAUGCUCUGCUAUGCUGCCUCCUAUUCUAGCUCACAAAUUCAUUCUCGCCAACUACUGGGCUUUACUCAUGGAAGGCAACAGCAUCUUUUUACAUACAAGAACGAUUAUGCAGAUAUCAGGACAGUCAGUGCUCCAGCCAAAGCUUUUCAGAACAGUAGUCUAUUGCAACGUAAUUUCGUUUGUGCUGUGCCGCUUUGUGACGCAAGCACUAUUUGUUCAAUGGGCCGUGACGCAUUUCAAUCGAAUACAUAUCGUAUACGCAAGCAUCGCCUUAGGCGGACCAGUCGUUUUCUGUAUUAUCAAUGCCAUGCUAUUCUUCAGAGUGCUAGUAUCUGACGGAUUCCUUAGCCAACGAUGGCGUUCGAAGGCUGCCAUCAAUCGGUGA